AUGAACAAGACUCGGCACACGUGUCUUGGAACAUUUUUCACAGUGCAGCCAGAAGGUCCUCGGACUUCCUGUUUGCACACUUCUAGGUGCGUGCGGAUCAAGUUGGACUUGAUCUAUACCAAAGUCCAACUUCCUGUACAGUUCAUUACUAACAGCGUCUCCUCCUCCUCUCAGGGCGGGCGCCAGCACACCCACUGCACCUCCUGCUACAGCAGACGCUGCGGGGCGCCGGUGGAGGCCGGCGUGUGCUGCGCCUUGGUCCCGUGCCGCCUGCACUGCGGGGCGCUCUUCCACCUGUGCAAAGAGGAGGGGCACCUGCUGCUGUGCCCCAACGUCAGCAUACCCUGCCUCAACGCCGCCUACGGCUGCCCCGCCCAGCUGCGACGCUCCCAGCAGGCGUCCCACCUGCAGGCGUGUCCCGCCAGCGUGGUGGUCUGCAGCGUGGAGUGGAACCGCUGGCCCGCCAACGACGCACACUCGCACCCCAACCCGGAACUGCACCGCAACCUGCUGAGCGAGCGCCAGCGGGGGGUGGGCCAGCACCUGGACCUGGCCUUGGCUCUAAAGGACCAGGACCGCUUGUUCCACUCACUGAAGAUGAGAACGCUUUUCCCCGAACUGACACGCAGCGCCGGCGAGGAGGAAGAGGAGAGGCGGGAGGAGAGGAGGAAGAAGGAGAGAAAGAGGAAGGCCGCCAAGGAGAAGGAAGCGGCAGGUAAGACUUGGGAGUCUUUUGCUACCUUCCACAGGAGUGCUCCACCGGAGGAGGAAGACAAGGAUGAGGAGGAGCUGACUCAGGAGGAGAGGGAGGCUCUGGCCAGCGGGGGUCUGAGCGAGGCCCUGCUGGAGAGCUACAGUGCCUGGGAGAGCAUGUUCAGCAUGGCCAUGGGGGGAUGCAGGGAGGCCCAAGAGGCAGGGGCAGCGGGCGGGGGCCACCGCCAGGCUGGAGGCGGGGCCAAGAGACCGGGCGCCUCCACGGUGGCGGCGCCAGCUGACACCUACACCCACGCUGACGCUCCCUCAUCCCGCCCCGCCGGGAGGAAGGACUAUGACUACGGACGCGUGGAGCCAAUGAAGAUCACCGCCGCGAGAACCUUCAAGGUCCCCAGCAGCUUUUCCGCCAAGCAGGGUCGCAUCCGCAACCCGGGGUUCUACAAGCGGGAGAGCAAAACCGUGGACACCUGCGACCUGGGGGUGGCGCCAGAGGACACGCCCAUCUGGGAGGAGGUUCAGGCGUCGCUGCUGUGCUCGCUGGAGAAGGAGCAGCGAGGUCACCUGAUCGCGGAGAAGGUGUGCACGGACGGUCUCCUGCAGGACGAGGGCACGCAGACGUACAGCUUCCUGUCGGCCCCCUUCGGGAGGAACGCGUCGCUGGCGGACCUGACGGCCGAGAAGACGCCGGAGCUUCACCUCCAGCUGCAGGUGGAGAGUGUGAGCAACCGCCACCACAAAGCCAGCUCCGCCUUCACCUCGCUGUGCGGACACGCCGUCCAGAGGAGGGACUACGCCGCACAUUACAAGAACGUGCACAGUGACAUCCAGAUGUGCGUGAACGGCUGGUUCCAGCAGAGAUGUCCUCUGGCGUACUUGGGCUGCACCUUCAGCCAGGGAAGGUUCCGACCAUCCGGCCCGGAGGCCCGCGUGGUCUUCAUGGAGGAUCUGGGCUGCUUUCAGCUCCGUCCCAGCGGCGUCCCGCAGGCCACGCCUCCCUCGGACGCGUCCGCCCUGAGCUCGCUGCCCUACGAGGUUCUGUGCCACCUGGCCAGCUUCCUGGACAGCCUGUCCCUGUCCCAGCUGGCUCUGGUGUCCCGCCUCAUGAGGCAGGUGUGCUGCUCCCUGCUGCCGGUGCGAGGCAUGGUCACGCUGCGCUGGGACAGGGCGUGCGGCCCUCAGGGGCGGGUCAGGUGGACGGCGGGACAGAAGGUGUGGAUCUUCAGCUCAACUUUUUCUCCUGUGGACACUUGGUGCUUCCGGGACGUUCCGUCCAUGUCGGAACAUCUGAAGGUGUGUCCGUACUAUGAGAGAGAGUCCAGACUGGAGCGGGUUCGGCUGCCAACCCUCACCCAAAGUGCAAAGGUCAAAGGGUAA